UUGUUUUUUUCGUCUUCAUGUCAAUUUGUCAAUGCUUUAUUCUUGACAUUAUGCUAACCUAAAAUCACUUUAAUUUCUUAGUUUUAUAUUCUCAUUAACCGCUCAAUAGUUUCAUUCAAAUCUUAAGUUUCUAUGUGAAAAUACUCGGCAUGGACACAGGAGAUAUUGUAGUAGAUGAAGAGGAAUUGUCCAAAAGGCACAAACAAGAAAAAAAGGACUUGCAGGCAAAGAUUCAGGGCUUAAAGAAAGGUGUACCAAAAGGUGACAAAAAGAAAAAGAAAGACAUUCUGGAUGAAAUAGCUAAACUUGAAGCGGACCUGAAUGAGAAACACAAACUUGAACUUAGUAAAAUACAGUCCCUAAGCUUGGAUAAUAAUAGAGUAGAACAAGAUGUAACUGGGGAACAAAGUGAUGAUACUGAAAUUGAACCACAGGGUAACGUCCGCGUCUCAAGAGCUCAGAAGCGAAGACAGAAAAAAGAAAAUGAGGCCAGGGAAAGAGAUAAGAGGAUUUCCGAACAAGCUGAAAAAAACAAAGAAGGCCCUAGAAUUAUGGAGACAAAUGCUAUCAAGCAAGCAUUGAAAUUGCUGAACCUGAAGUUGCACAAUAUCCCUGCAGAUGGAAAUUGCCUAUAUUUAGCAGUAAACCACCAAUUGCAAAUAACAGGUAGAUCCACACAAUCUGUAAAUGACCUUAGAAAGAGCACUGCAGAUUAUCUCAUGAAAAACAAAGACGAAUUCAUGCCAUUCAUGUGCAAUGAAUUGGAUGAGUCUGAAAUAGUCAGUGAAGAACAAUUUGAGAGCUACUGUAAAGAUGUGGCUACAACAAAACUCUGGGGAGGCCAACUAGAGCUUAGGGCCCUUUCUAACAUUCUCAAAUGUCCAAUUAAGGUUAUUCAAGCAUCUGGACCACCAACUCUUCAAGGGGAGACCUUCAAGGGACCUGAGUUAGUGUUGACAUAUCACCGGCACUUGUAUAGAUUAGGAGAACACUACAAUUCAACUAUGCGUUCAGGGGAAGAAGAUAUUUGAAAAUCACUGCCCAUAGCUUUAAUUAGGAGAAUUAAUAAAAACUUGUGAUUUCUUUGGAUAAAUCAAAAAUUUUGUGUGUAUGUAUGUCAUAAUCUAAAAUUGGUCUGGACUAUAAUAUCAUGUGGUACAGGAAGUUAUUGCAAAUCAAGUCUAAUACAUAAUGUAUCUGGCUUUUUAUAGGUAAACAUGUAUAUGUGAUAAUAUAAGAAUUCAUUUAAAAUAUAUCAGUCAACACCCCCAAUACUGUUCAAGCUAAAAUGUCUUUAUGGUUAUUUUAAUUGGCUUCUUGUGGGAAUACUGGUAAUAUUACCCAGUGAUCUUGAACAGCUAUAGAUCCUUGUUACUACCUUACAAGAACAUAUAAAUACUCAUUAAAAAACAAUUCUACUUUGUUCAUAUGCUAGUAAAGGGAAUCCCUCAAAACAUGACUUUUCUAUUUUAAUUUUGUUUUCUUUUGUGGUCUUAGAUUGUUUAUUUCCAUUGAAUCUUUUUGAUGGUAACUGCUGAUUGC